AUGGCGGUGCUAUUGUUUCCUGCUCCCGCCCCUGUCCCGGCUCCUGCUCCUGCUCAUCACAUCGACUCUGACAACGAGGUCGUUUUGAUUCCACCCCCCCGCGUUCGUCAAGACCGUAUCAGAGCUGUCAACCAAACAGGCAGCAUUAGACAAUCUGAGGCUGCAUGUAAAGAUGCAGCAUCAAUGUACUGGCAUUUGGCGAUGGUCAUCAUCUAUUGGAUGAAAGAGAAUCCCGAUUCCGAGCUUGGCGCUUUUCCAAUGGAGCCUACUCACAUUGGCCAACUUCAUGAUCUUUUGGCACCCUUCAAGACUAUUUGGAAGAAUAGUCUUCAGCCAUUCAACAUCCAUACUCUCGCGGACAGAUUGGAACGCGCCUCCGCCCCUGUACGCGACCAAUUUCAUAUCUUCAGUAUCCGACGCAAUACCCUUCAUCGACUGUUCCUUCCUAAUACCCGCAAUGAGGUUCGUACCGUUUGGAGUGAGUACACUGCCAAUGGCGUCAAUCUCCAGGUUGGCAGACCAAUGUUGGUCAGUGAACACUUUGAAGGUUUUUUCCCCGUGCUUUAUAAGCACAUGGAGAUCUGA